GACAUAAUUAUUUUCCGGCAGUCAUACACACAAAAUUUCGUUAUACUGUUCAAAAUUUCCCCUGUUCUUUUCAUUUCUAUAGUUUUUUUUUUUUUAUACAAAAUUUUCAUUUAACUUGGAACCGGCCUUCAAAUGUGUAACAAAGAGUGUGGAUCGGGAUCGGGAUCUGGAUCUGGAUCCUCGGGUUGCCCCAAUCCAUCAUGCAGACCACCGCCAUCCCCACGUCCGACUUGUCGCCCUCCACCGUCGCUGUUCACGAGGCUUAACUGUACGGCCUGCAAUAGACUUUUCUUCUUUAUUGUUGGGGCUGGCAUUGGUGUUUGGUUUAACGCGUUGAAGGAAGAGGCCAGAAAGGAAAGAGAAGAAGCAAAGAAGGACCCCAAACAAAAAGAGAAGGAGCGUAAGGAAAGAGAGAAGAAAGAGAAACAGGAGAAGGAGCAGAGAGAAAAAGAGAGGAAAGAACAGGAAAAGAAGUCAAAGGAGCAGCAAGAAAAGGACAAGAAAGAACAAGAAAAACGGGCAAAGGAACAGGAAAAGAAGAAAGAACAGAAGUAACAAAGCGAACCUAACCUAGACCAUCUAAGCUAAAUAGCAGAAAUUACUAAUACGGAGCAACGAAAACCGUUAAAUUGUUGUUCUAACCCUAAAUUCCAAUUACAGAAAAUGGAGACAAGAGAAACUAGAAAAUCAGGUGUAGAAGACGCUUUAAUUGUGUGGCCCAAAAUUAGCAGUAACAAAUUA